AGUGGCGCGCGGGGGACGCUGACGCUGGAACAAAGAUGGCGGCCCGCGGCGCUGGGGCCGUGCUGGGGCUGCUGCUGCUGCUGCUGCUCCGCGCGGGCCCGGCCCGCGCCCGCGUCCAUCACCUCACCCUCAAAGAUGAUGUGAGGCAGAAAGUGCACCUGAAUACCUUUGGUUUCUUCAAGGAUGGUUUCAUGAGUGUGAAUGUCAGCAACCUUUCCCUGAAUCCAGAACCAAGCCCUGAUGAGAAGGACAGAUUAUCAGUGGGGUUCAGCUUGGAUCGAACAAAGAAUGAUGGUUUCUCCACUUACCUGGAUGAAGAAGUGGAUUAUUGUAUCUUGAACAAGACUCCAGAGCCAGAUGUCUCUGUUGUAAUUUUACUUCUGGACAUCCAACAUGAAGUUGUGAAAGUACAGUUCUCUUCAGAAGCUGCUUCUUUGUUACCUAAAAUUGUAUUUGUAUCUGAGGAAAAUGGUACUGCCUUAAAUACCAAGCUGCUAAAAACUUCUGAACUGAGCAGUGAUUCUGAUAAAAAUGCUCCAAAGACCAGUGAAAAUACAGGUGACAAAGAUAAGAAGUCCGAACGAAGUACAACAUCCUCCCAGCACAUAAUAGAACAACAACAUCCUGUACACCAUGUCCAUGGAAUUUUUUCGUUUCAGUUCUAUUUUAACAUCAGCUCGGACAAACAAGAAGGUCUCUACAGCCUGUAUUUCCAUAAGUGUGUUGGCGAGAAAGGGCCAGCUAAUGAUCAGCAGCUGUUUAGUCUUGAUAUAGAUGUUACGGAAAAGAAUCCUGAAAGCUACCUCUCAGCAGGUGAAAUCCCACUGCCAAAACUUUACAUCUCCAUGGCUCUCUUCUUUUUCCUCUCUGGGACUGUAUGGAUCCACAUACUUCGGAAACGCAGAAAUGAUGUCUUUAAGAUCCACUGGCUCAUGGCAGCCCUUCCUUUCACCAAAUCGUUGUCCUUGGUCUUCCACGCGAUCGACUAUCACUACAUCUCUUCUCAGGGAUUCCCCAUCGAGGGCUGGGCUGUUGUUUAUUACAUCACUCACCUACUGAAGGGAGCUCUUCUGUUCAUCACUAUUGCCCUCAUUGGCACAGGCUGGGCUUUCAUUAAACACAUCCUGUCAGAUAAAGACAAAAAAAUUUUCAUGAUUGUCAUCCCACUUCAGGUACUGGCAAACGUGGCCUACAUUAUCAUAGAGUCAACAGAGGAGGGGACAACUGAGUAUGGACUGUGGAAAGAAAUCCUUUUCCUGGUGGACUUGCUGUGCUGUGGAGCCAUCCUGUUCCCAGUGGUAUGGUCAAUAAGACAUUUGCAAGAGGCUUCAGCAACAGAUGGGAAAGCAGCCAUUAACCUAGCAAAGCUGAAGCUCUUCAGACAUUACUAUGUCAUGAUUGUGUGUUACAUUUACUUCACACGGAUCAUUGCAAUUCUCAUAAAGAUUGCUGUUCCGUUCCAGUGGAAAUGGCUGUACCAGCUGCUGGAUGAAAUGGCCACACUGGUGUUCUUUGUCCUCACUGGGUACAAGUUCCGUCCAGCAUCAGACAACCCUUACCUACAGCUCUCUCAGGAUGAUGAGGAUGACUUGGAGAUGGAAGCUGUGGUGACGACUUCAGGAGUAAUGGAGGGCAUGAAGAAAGUCAAGAAAGUGGUGAAUGGUUCAGCAGAGCCUCAGGGCGAAUGGGAGAGCACAGCAUGAUGGACUGGACUAAGGCAGCACUUUCAGAGAAACUUUUUUAAUUUAUUAAUAUUACUCUCAGUGGAAAGGGAGCAACUUGCACUCCCCACCACUGAAACUGCAGAGUGGGGUGUGUCUAGGGAGAGCAAAGCAGUGCAGAAAUAUAACUAUUCCUUUGAUCAUAAGAAAAUGGGAUCUCCUGGUACCUGCAAGGAGCCUGAAGCUUUCCUAGGGAUUUUGGGUAGCUUUUUUUCCCCCCUUUCUGGAUCGGUUCUUUAUUCUGAAUUGUUGUGUUCCUCAGAAUGUGUAAUACUGAUGUGAAGAGGGAUCUUCAGUGUGUAUGUAAAGAAUAUAUUUUAUAUAAUGC